AUGGAUGCACAGCUCGGUCCGGCAACCGUUUGCAAUUGUUUCACCAAGUGGGCACCAGCACUCGCAGCCCAAGCCACAUUUCCGUUGCUGGACAUUUUUUGCUACAAGCCCUCAUCUGAAUCUUCCGCCUGCCACGAGCCGCCUGCCAUCGACAUGAGCCAAGUGGUGCAGAAAAUCGACGCUGACGCAAAGGCCAUGGCGAUGCCUCCGGACGCCAAGCAGGAAGUCAAACCCGUGAAGGUCUCCAAGCCGCGGAUCGACUGCAUCGACGGUUGCCGCUUUGCGCUGGUCUUCCCCAUCGUGAUUGCGCAUUUUGCGAGGUUUGGCACCAACAACCUGACGGCGCUGAAGCUGCUCACGCAGGAGAAUGUGCUCGUAGGAGGCUUCUUCGUCAUCUCAGGAUACGUGUCUGCGUACACUUCUACGAAGCUUGGCGAGAGAAAGGCCGAGGACAAGAAGCUGGCCAACCCGGAGCUCUUCUUCUGGCAGAGGGUGAUGGCCUACUAUCCUCUCCACUUCGUGGUUUCCGCGAUCUUCGCCCCGAUGUUCAUCCAGGUUGAGAGGUGGUACAACACUCCGUGGACCACCAGCGCAUUCCGUGCUUUCCUGAACUUCAGCAUGCUGCAGGCCUGGUUCCCCAAGGAGGCAGAGAUCUGGAAUCAGCCAACCUGGUUCCUUUCGGCCCUGACGUUCUCGAACCUCACCAUGCCGACGCUGGUGCUUCCACAGGUGGCGCAGCUGUCCAAGAACGGCCUUCAGAAGCUGUUCGUCGCCUUGACGGGCAUCUCGCUCCUGCAGAAGGUCUCCUAUUCGGAGACCUCGCGCUUCCACAGCAGCAAGGAGCACCCGGUCAACGGCCAGGUCAUGCACCCUCUGAUCUGGAACUUGACCCGCUUCCACCCCUUCUGGGCGCUGAUCGAGAUGACCAUGGGCGUGGCGGCUGUGCGUCACGUGAUGCUGGACACGGAGGAGGACAAGAAGAAGCCGACCACGAACCCGCUUUGGAUGUUCUUGGCGGCCUACGCCUCCUUGGGUCUGCGUCUCACCAAGUUCGACUUCAAUGAUGCCAUCAUUCGCAGCGUGCUGUUCGUCCCCAUCUUCACGAAGUUCUUGACGCAGAUUCACAGGGAUGCGAUCUCCGCAAACCCCGCCCCUAUCACGCGCUUCUUCGGCUCCAAGCCGAUGGCCACGCUGGGCUCCAUCGCAUUCCCGAUGUUCAUCCUGCACGGCCCAAUUGGACAGAUCUUCUACAAGAAGAUCUUGGCUAAGAAGAUCUGGGGUGCGCCGAUGCCGACGGCCUUCUUCCCGUUCUACCUUCUGAUCUGCUUGGGUUUGAGCCACCUCACCAACGAGUAUUUCGUCAAGAACAAGAAGGUGUCAGCCAUCUCGGGCAAGGUGGCCCAAUUCCUGGGCACAUGGACUGAGGGCAUGCUGCGCGACCGCUCCUAA